UUGGCUCCUGCAGCUCCCUCAUCACCUCUGCAUUCCAGGAAAGAAGGCAUUGAGAGCGAGCAGAAGGAAGUCUACUGCUUGAGUCUGCCUUCAACCCUGUAAGGAGCUUUCCUAGAAGCCACAUCCAUCAGCUUUUGCUUCUUAUUGGCUGGAACUCACUCACGUAGCCAUCCCUGUCCAUGAGGAAGUCUGGGAAAUGCUUUUCCUCUGGGCCUGUGAUUGAUCAGUGGUCUGUCGUUAAGGCAGAAGGGAGAAUAGGUACAGGGUAGGCACGUUGCAGUGCCUUCCAUAAUGAUGUGACUACAGGUAUGAAGGCAGUGGCAAGACGAGAAUUCAUUCAGCUGUCUUCACAACUCUGGCUGGACGUGGCGAGCGCCAUCCCCAUCGGGAGCCAGAAGGCCAGGAAAAGCCGUGUCGAGACGCACUGCUGCUUCUGCUGUGUUGCCGUCUUGCCUCUCUUAAAUAUGUGAUGUAUAACCAUAUUUAUUGACAUGGAAAAAUGUUCACAACCUAUUGCUGAAUGACAAAAAAGCAGACAGAACCUCCACUGAACACACCAGAAAACAGAGAAUACCUUGCAGAAAUUAUGUUUGAAUCAUUUAAUGUACCAGGACUCUACAUUGCAGUUCAGGCGGUGCUGGCCUUAGCAGCGUCUUGGACCUCGCGACAAGUGGGCGAACGUACGUUAACGGGGAUCGUCAUCGACAGUGGGGAUGGGGUCACCCAUGCUAUCCCAGUGGCAGAAGGGUAUGUCAUUGGGAGCUGCAUCAAACACAUCCCUAUCGCAGGGAGAGAUAUUACGUAUUUCAUGCAACAGCUGCUGAGGGAGCGGGAGGUGGGGAUUCCUCCGGAGCAGUCACUGGAGACUGCCAAAGCCAUCAAGGAGAAGUACUGUUACAUUUGCCCUGACAUCGUCAAGGAAUUUGCCAAGUAUGAUGUGGAUCCUCAGAAGUGGAUCAGACAGUACACGGGGAUCAAUGCAGUCAACCAGAAGAAGUUCAUUAUAGACGUUGGCUACGAGAGGUUCCUGGGCCCUGAGAUUUUCUUUCACCCGGAGUUUGCCAACCCAGACUUUAUGGAGUCCAUCUCGGACGUUGUUGAUGAAGUCAUACAGAACUGCCCCAUCGAUGUCCGUCGUCCGCUGUAUAAGAAUGUCGUUCUUUCAGGGGGCUCGACGAUGUUCAGGGACUUUGGACGUCGCCUGCAGAGAGACUUAAAAAGGGUGGUGGACGCCAGACUGAGACUCAGCGAGGAGCUCAGCGGCGGCAGAAUAAAGCCCAAGCCCGUGGAGGUCCAGGUGAUAACGCAUCAUAUGCAGCGCUAUGCGGUGUGGUUCGGAGGCUCGAUGCUGGCCUCAACUAGUGUUCAUGCUCCGUCUGCUGGUUGCCUCGUGCAGCCCGAGUUCUUCCAGGUCUGUCACACCAAGAAGGACUAUGAGGAGUACGGCCCCACCAUCUGCCGCCACAACCCCGUCUUCGGAGUCAUGUCGUAGUGGCGGCUUUGACACCGCCCUUCCAGUGGCGUCGCGGCGGUGCGCAAGUGUCCUUCAGACCCGGAGGAGACCGGCUCCUGUACAUAGUGCGCGUGCCGUGGUGCCCCGGGGAGCCCCGCAAAGCCACCUCCGCGCCCGGCCUCCCCCUGCCUCCCCCCCACCACCCCCGCUCUCCGCUCCACCCGAGCUUCGCGUCCACAGACCCAAUUCCGGAGGAAUUCAGCUGCGACUCUCAGAUUUGUUACGGAAAACCCUAGAACACGGCGCACAAUAGCUCCCCACCCAGGGCAGAGUAUGGGGCUCUCAACCCUUUUCCUCCCAGACUAUUUUUGUAAAUAAAAUGUUAUAAACUUGAAAUACAAAUUGAUGUUUAUAUUUCCUAUCAUUUUGUAUUUUACGGUAUUUGGUACAACUGGCUGAUCCCGAGCAUGAGUAGAUGUCGAUGUCAUGGAGUGUUGUCAUAAAACGUUUUUAAUUGUGAGGCAUGUUCUGAUGUGUUUGUAGGCAAACAAAAUAAAGCAGAGCAAACUUUUUUGGCCACAUGUUUGCUAGAAAAUGGUUACACUUUAUUGGAGCGAUGUGAAGUUUAAACACUAAGCAGUGUUGUAUGAGAAUUAUUACAGACAACGUAUCUUUUCAUUUUCUUGUUUGAACUUUCUGGAACUGUUUUAUAGAAGAUGCCGGUUUGCUGCUGGUGAGUGUUGGAUGAAAUACUACCUUGCACCAUUGUAAUAAAAGCAGUUAGACUCUUUAUAAAGA